UGCUAUUGGAAAGUAUUUUCGGGCUGCUGGCCGCUGAAGUGCCCUCCAUCCCAUCCGCCUCACAUCAUCCUGUCAACCAGAGGUUACGCCAGCCGGGAUUACGCUCGCAAAUAUGUGAUUUUGUACGAAUACUACAGCCAGUCGGGUGUCUGAGGUUGCAUGCGGCUACCUACAAACUCUGACCGCUAGUAGCCUAAAUAAGUAACGUGUGCGCCGCCGGAGCAGCUUCUGCAUUUUCAAGGUUUCUUAGGUUGUUGGACGGGACAGCUGCAUCGACUGAGGUUCCCGGCGUAUUGCUCUUCCUCCAUCCCUGCGAUGCUGCCCUGCCUGCGGAGAGUCCUGCGGCCCGCCCUCUCUUUGAGAGCCGGGGCGGGGUUGGCCACAGCCGGACGCAAACACCAAACACCCGCCAUAGCCCGGUUCGCCUCAGAGCCUCCUCUCUCCAUGCUGGUGCAGCGGUGUAACCUGGGCACACAUCCGCUGAAUGAGCUCGUGGAGCCCCUCGACUCUCCCCGGGGAGCCAAGGAGUUUAUUUACACUCUCCAUCCGUCUGAGCGAACCUGUCUGCUGCGAGAACUGCACAAGUUCGAGUCCAUAGCCAUAGCUCAAGGGCAGCUGGAAGUUGCACCACCUACUGCAGCAGAGUUAAGAUAUGUUCUACUGCACAAUGCAAUCCCGUUCGUUGGAUUUGGAUUCCUGGACAACUGCAUCAUGAUCGUUGCUGGCACACACAUUGAAUUAUCCAUUGGCGUGGUCCUCGGCAUUUCAACUAUGGCUGCUGCUGCCCUUGGCAACCUGGUGUCUGACCUGGCAGGACUAGGGCUGGCAGGUUAUGUGGAGGCCUUGGCGUAUCGGCUGGGAAUGCAGAUUCCUGACUUAAGCCCAAAACAGGCUGACAUGUGGCAGACCAGAGUCAGCUCCCAUGCGGGCAAAGCCAUUGGUGUUGCCAUCGGCUGUAUCCUCGGCAUGUUUCCUCUUUUUUUCUUCAAGGACGAUGAUGAGAAGAAGAAGAAGAAAGAAGGCCAGAUGGAGGCGAAGGAGAAAACACAACCACCACCUGCUCCAACAGAGAACAGCAAAAACUGAAAAUGACAUCCCGCCAGAGACAAAUACUUUUUUGGAAUCCAUUAGAAUACUUUAAACUGGGACUGAUUGCCGUUGUCUGGUGGACUGGAGUGUAUGGAAAUGUCAUUGAACCUGUUACAGUCUAAUCACCGGGUACUUUACUUUGCAAGGCCCAGUCAAACUAUCAAAGGUAUUCUGAAGAGGAUUUUAGAUAUUUGAUUGUAGACUUUAAACUUAAGCACAGGGACCUGAUCAUCUCUUGAAGAGACAAGAAAUGGUUGAUUCAUUUGACCGCUGCUACUCCAACUAUUGCGCCGUAACCUCACCUUGUCUUGACUGACCGACACAGGCUGAAACUCAUUUAUCUAAAACUUUCCAUCUAAAACACACUGCAGUGGCCUCUUUCUUUCCUCUGCUCGGAGUCUGUUGAAUAUAUAAACCUCUGACUCUACAUGAGUAGAAGCUAGAUAAAGGUAGUUGACAGUUUGAGGGCUCCCUAAAAUAUCACAACUAACUCUGUUACCAAUGCAAAGGAAAAAAAGAACACAGAGCUUAUUCAGAAAAAAAUUACCAUACAUGGCAUUUUGAUGUUGAAGGUUUCUUGUAUAUUGGCAGAAAUUGUGAUAACUAAUAGAGGGAAGACUGAACAAAGAGGCAUGCCAAUGGCUCGAUUCAGCAGUGUUAAGCUAAGUCCUAAUCAGUUUUUGAGAGUGAUGAGCCUAGGAAAGGGUCACUUUUGCAUGCACCCUUCCACGUCAACUACAUUAUUCUUAAGUUUUACAAGCAUGUCUGCCUUUUGAUGAUGUCACAGUCUUAAAAAGUCCCGCCUCAUUCACACUCAACGACAACCAGUCAGCUGCUUUAGUGAGAAUCAGGCGGUUAAAUGUUACACCUGCUAGCUGCGCCUUUACUUCUUUAGAUUAUUUAUUUUUUUGUUUGUGUGACUUUAUAUUAUAUGAUGUGUGAUGAUCACCCAAAGCAGUAACGUGCCCCAAGUGUCUCCCAUGUUUACUGGAAUAGGUAGGUGCAGUUCAACAAAAUCUUUCAAAGAGCAGUUUGUUACUUUCCUCUAAGCAGGAAGGAGAUGAACACAGAGAGGCAGAGGGAGGAAGAGACCGAGGAGCUGCGUCAGAAAGAUAAGAAAUGCCAACACUGAACCACCUGAGACCUCUGUCCCAUUUGCUCCGUCCCUUUGGUUCCAAUACCAUUUGAUUUAUCAUACACCUCUCCCAUGCAUGGUAAGCCCAGUGGAUAUUUUCAAUUGGACAGAAAAUUAGAUGAUUGAUACCCUGUUCCCAUUCUGUGGAAAGUUCGUACUGCUUUCUAAUACUAACGCACAACUAAACUCUAUACCUACAAUUAUAUUAUAUUGUCUCUUCUCUACUGCCCUCUGCUGGCUUGAGAAAUUCUUGAAAGAAGAGGAAGUUGCUAGUUUCUUUCAGUUGAGUUCAGUUUUUACCUCGAUGCUGCCACACACUUGCGGUUCUACAUCUUUUAAAGCUUUUCCUGUUUAGUGUUCCAGCCCAUCAAUGGCUAGUUGAGUUUCUCUGGCUAUAAUUGAUCCCUUACUCACUAUAGUUAUUUUUCUAAAUCAUUGUACUUAAUUUGAUAUGCAAGCCAAGUAAUCUGCAGCAUCAGCCAGCCAUGAAACAUGAAAGCAGAAAGGAUCUACUGUAUUUGGGAUGAUAAGACACUACAGUCCAUCCAAGUCUUAAUUUAGCAGUCACUGAUAUCCUAAUUCCUAAGAGUCGUGGUUGCUCGACACAGGUUGCUCAUCUCAGCAGCAGAAAUGAAGCCUGUUGUUUACGGCGUUGAAUCUGUUUUGGAAGUUAAAAUGAAAGGAAGCAGCCACGUGUCACUGAAUGGAUAGCAGAAAAUGUAUUUAUUUUUGUUAUAAUAUUCAGACUUGUAUUUAUGUAUGUUCACACUGUAUAUUAUCUUUAUCUCAAAGGACAAGGUUAAGAAUAGAUAUUUGUCAGCACACCUUUUGUUAGUAUAUUUCCAGCAGAAUUCUUUAACAGGAAGGACUUUGCAGCCGAUUGCUCUAUGUUACAGUCCAUAACUAAACUUAGGAAACAUACUCUGAAGACUUUCACCCUGUAUACGAUUGUUCUGGUUAUUUAUUAUGUGGGUAACAGUGAUCCUAAACAGUGAUAACAAUGAAGAAAAGAAUUGAACAUAUUUAUGUAGUUAGGAUUUUUGAUCUGAUUGCUCGAUUUCCAUCUUGCAUGCACUGCUAAUAAAACAACCUAUUGUACAUGUUUAUUGUGUAAGAAUCCUAAAACUUGAGAAUGUUCUAAAAGUAUGCAUUACUAAAGGAUACAAAUCACUGGAGGUGAUGAAUCCAGUUUUAACAUUCAAAAGCAAAAGAUCAGAUUUUUGACUGCUGUGAUAUAAAUAUAUAUUUUAUGGCAUAUAAGGAAUCCUACAAGGAAUCUCCUGUGUUUUCCUUUUUAGACAGAUAAUGAUAAACCUAGUUUAAAAUAGGAUUGUUUUCUUUUGUGUAGCCUUGCAGAGGUAACAGAGCCCUCUACUGGGAUGUGAACUGGCAAAUGCAGUGUGGAGAUUUGGACAGUGUGUGGCUCCUACAGGAAGCAGAAUGUGAUGAGAAAACUGCUUGACUGGCAAAAUGUGAUCAUAAUAAUAGUUUUAAGUAAAAGUAGGAAUUGUCAUCCGUUCGUUAGAUCAUUACUUUGAAAUAUUUAUUGGAAUUACCUGUCUCAGUGCUUUAAGUCUGUCUUUUGUGCAUAGUCAUGGUAAGAAAAUAUAAUCUGUGUCAAAAUAUUGUAAUUUGGGGGCAAUUUUCCUUAAUUCACUUUGCACUGCAUCACUAAACCUAUUUGUGUCAUUGGGAGGAAAGUAAAAGUUAACAAAAUCUCAGAGUUGAUACAUUAUCUUGAAUCGGUGUAAUUUUAUUAUGUUAAAUCAAAGAUGACUUAAAAACACAUUGAAUUGUUCUUCAUGGGUUGCCUGUUUGGUGUGUGAAUUACAGUAUGUUGUAGGUUGUGAGUGCAAACUUAAGGACCUUAAUUUAUAUCUGCUAAUAUAGUUGUAUGCUGUAAACUGGCUCAUUACUUAUUUUGAAAUUCUUUUUGCUUUCAGUGUUUGAAUGGAUAAUGCUUUGGUUUCAGAAGAUUUGGAAGCUUUAUAUGGACAGGCAGGAGUCAUUAGCCAGAGACAUUUCAGUCUACAGUAUAUAUUGCUGUCCUGUAGUUUAUUUAGAACAUGGUCCAGUAUUUGGACACCAUAUGGCCCAUCUUAUUUGACACAGUCUGUUGUGUAUUUUCUAUCAUCCAAAAGAACGUCUUCUUUAAACUACCAUAAAACUAUCAAUUCUGGAGUUGCAUGUUAAAAUCUUGUCGGCCAGUGGAUCCACCACUUUGAAUUAAAUAUUUCAACAACUAUUA